CGCGUUCAAAAUGUCGCAAAUCAGCGUCGUACAGUACAACAAACUCAACGUGCUGCAGCAGAACAACAUCAGCAACAAACCGAACGACAGGCAGAUCAUCGUGCUGAGGAAGCCCCAGCACAUUCUGCCGCAGCCGAAGGAGUUCGACAAAGAUGACAUUCUUCUCACCAACACCGCCAGGAAGAAGUCCUCGGGCAAAAGUUCGAAGGAGAGCAAGACGAAUGCUGCGCCUGUGGCUGUGGCUAGGAGAAACGCCAGGGAACGGAACAGAGUCAAGCAGGUUAAUAACGGUUUCGCUAAUUUAAGACAACACAUUCCGAAUUUCAUUGCGGCGGCGUUUGAAAAUUCGAACGGAAGAGGUGGUAACAAAAAGCUCAGUAAAGUAGAAACUCUUAGAAUGGCUGUAGAAUACAUACGUAGCUUAGAAGAUAUACUGGCUAUGGAUAACCCGGAAGGAACCACUUCCAGCUCAAUACCAACUAAUAAUAUUACCUACACGUACCAAAUUUUAUCGCCUACUGAAGAAGACGACGAUUUGUCGUCCAACACUACAGCAUCACCUCAACAAUUCAUCAAAAUAGACACUUCUUCAGGAGCAUUUCAAGUUUUAUCUAACACCAUAUACGAAGAUGGGGAAAAUUUGGAUCCCAUGGUAGUAGAUGAGCAUCUACUAACAGAUCCUUCUCUACUGGAUCCGAAUUUGCAUUUCAACGUGAAUACGCAGGAUUUAUCGUACCUGCAGAACGUACAUUCUACGGAUUCUUUAUCGCCCGGAUUCUACAGUGAAAACUCUUUAUCUCCGGACUCUUUGGAGAAAAGUGACCCUAAUUGUUUUAUACCGGUGUUUAAUACUCCCCCGGAUGAAGGACUGGAUGACGUGAAACCAAACAUAAAUGAUAUUCCUGUUAUUUCCCUCAAGACUGAAAACGAAUUGCCCGACGAGCAGAAGGAAAAUAUGGUCGACGUGCUCCAAUGGUGGGAGCACCAACAACCGCAAAAUCCAACCAGCUAGUAAAUAUUUAAGUUCGGAAAUUUAGGUGACGAUUUGCCAAGGUGCGUUCGAUGAUCUCAGAACUCGAUGU